CUUUAGGACCCAGCGGAAACCACCGCGGCGUCGGGCUCUGUGACGUCAGUCUGCUGCUAUCAGCAGGUCAGUAAAGAUGGCGGCGGAGGAGAGCAGGUUGAAGCAGCGGAAUCACAAAAACAGCAUCUUCAAAGAAGGUGGACGUGGGUUUAAAUCAGACGCAUCCCAGAUGAGGCGCGAGGAGGAGGAGGACGACGACGACUUGCUGGAGGAGGAAGAGGAGGAAGAUCUGGGCAUGGCCAGGCCGGUGCAGAUCGUGGUGGCGGACGAGGAGGAGCACUCGUUCUCGCUGCAGGAGGAGGCGCUGGAGCGUCUGCUGCUGCAGGAGGAGGUGCGGGACCUCCACGUGGUCGUCGUCUCGGUGGCCGGAGCUUUCCGCAAGGGCAAGUCCUUCCUGCUGGACUUCAUGCUGCGCUUCAUGUACAAACAGUCACCUGGUUCGUGGGUCGGCGGGGAGGAGGAGCCUCUGACCGGCUUCACCUGGCGAGGCGGCUGCGAGAGGGAGACCACGGGCAUCCUGGCCUGGAGCGAGGUGUUCGUGGUGGAGAAACCAGACGGCUGCAAGGUUGCAGUUCUACUAAUUGACACACAGGGGGCGUUUGACAGCCAGUCCACCAUCAAGGACUGCGCCACGCUGUUCGCCCUGAGCACCAUGACCAGCUCUGUCCAGGUGUACAACCUGUCUCAGAAUGUCCAGGAGGACGACCUCCAGCACCUCCAGCUCUUCACCGAGUACGGACGACUGGCCAUGGAGGAAGUCUAUGAGAAACCCUUCCAGACUCUGAUGUUCCUGAUCAGAGACUGGAGUUACCCCUACGAACAUCCGUACGGUCUGGAGGGAGGACAGAGCUUCCUGGAGAAACGGCUGCAGGUGAAGCAGAAUCAACACGAGGAGCUGCAGAACGUCAGGAAACACAUCCACUCGUGCUUCUCCAACAUCGGCUGCUUCCUGCUGCCUCACCCCGGCCUCAAGGUGGCCACCAACCCGCACUUCGACGGACGGCUCAGAGAUAUCGAUGAAGACUUUAAGAAGGAGCUGGUGAACCUCGUUCCGACGCUGCUCUCUCCAGAGAACCUGGUGGAAAAAGAGAUCGGAGGAGUCAAAAUCACCUGCAGGGACCUGCUGCACUACUUCAAAGCUUACAUGAAGAUCUACCAGGGAGAGGAGCUUCCUCACCCCAAGUCAAUGCUGCAGGCAACAGCUGAAGCUAAUAACCUUGCAGCUGUAGCGGGAGCCAAAGACUUGUACAACAAAAGCAUGGAGCAGGUCUGCGGUGGAGACAAACCCUACAUGUCCCCAACUGAGCUGGAGCGCCGUCACACAGAGCUGCGACUGGCGUCGGUGCGACACUUCCGCUCCGUCAAGAAGAUGGGCGGCGAGGACUUCUGCCGGCGCUACCAGGAGCAGCUGGAGGCGGAACUUGACGAGGCCUACGCCAACUUCAGCAAGCACAACGACGGCAAGAACAUCUUCUACGCCGCGCGAACGCCCGCCACGCUGUUCGCCGUCAUGUUCAUCAUGUACGUGGUGUCGCUGGUCACCGGCUUCGUGGGCAUCAACUCUGUGGCCACGCUAUGUAACCUGGUGAUGGGUGUGGCUCUCACGGCGCUCUGCAUCUGGGCUUACGUCAAAUACUCCGGAGAGUUCCGCGAGGUCGGAGGAGUCAUCGACCAGGUGGCUGAAACCCUCUGGGAACAGAGGACUCCUCGAAAGGUUUUCUCCAAACUCUUCGAAGUGGCCCGGAGUCGAGUCCCGUUGGGAAGCCUCAUCCCGGCGCCGCGACCACGGCUCGCCUCGAACAACAACGUCAAGAAGAAAAACUAGCAGCAUUCAUACGUGCCCCCCCCCUCCCUCAGCUCGGUUUUCAAACGGCGUUUUUAGGACGGUUUGAAAUGUGUAAAUCCGUUUUUGUUCUCUGACUGUAGAUAAUGGUUCCUCGCCGUGCUGGCGGUAGGUUUAAGGACUCGCUGUAGACCCGGACGAAGCAGUGUGAUGUAUUUUAUUAUUUGUCAGUGGGCGGGGUAUAGGUAUUUAUUGGUGGGAGGGGCCAUUAUUCUAUCACUGAGUGUCAUCCCAGGUAUGCGUUCACCUGUAGGAUGACGACAACUCGACAUUAAUGAUUCCCAUUUAUGUGAAUGUAUGAAUGAAGAGCAUGACCGCUGACCCUCCUCACGGUUUCCCUCCUCUCCUCCUUCCUGUCGUCUCGGUCAGGUUCGUUUCUGUCGCUGGGCGGCUUCACGAGGAGGAGUCACAACCAAAGUUUACAGCUUUACUCUUAGAGACUCUCUGAGCGGACUGACAAGGUGUUUAAGACUUCUGGGAACAGCUCGGUUUCAGGGAAAUCCCAGAAUCCUAAAGUCACAUUUGUGUUUCUACAUUCCUGCGCAGGUUGAUCUCGUUUGAUCUUAAUGUCUGAAUCAAAAACUCCACAGAUCUGUCUGGAAAUUGGAGGGAACAACAAAUACGUGCUUAAGCGUUGAGAUUCAUUCUCCAGCACAUAUCCGUGGUAAAUAUUCACAUAGCUCUUCCUGGAGUGAAGGGACCGUACUAUGGUUAACUGGCCCUGCGCUUCAAACUCUGAUGCUGUAGGUAACCUCGAGCAUCAUUUCCAGUCACUCCAGGAUUUUUCUGAAGUGCUAGCAUGGCUUUGGAUGACGUUGAUCGUGAUUCCAGCUUGACUAAGAAACCACAGCAGAAGACUGAGCUCAACUCGACAUGUUUAUUGCUUUAUUUAAAUCCACCAAUCGUAAAUACAUAUACAGGAUUCGAAUAUUCGAGAAGUUCUCUAAACGUUCUCCUGCAGACAGUGAAGGCCUUUGCACAUCAAGUUACUUAUGCGUUUUUAAAAUCCGUCAUCCAAUAGAAAUUGUUACCCACAGAGUCCGAUACGCUUUGUUUUAAAAUUCACUAUACGAGACGGUCAUCAAGCAGUGCCGUAGACCGGACUCAAGACUUUUCCUCUUGUCUCAUUCUUGUCUUGGACUUCUUGGUCUUCACAAAGUCCAGCAAAGUGUUUUAAUGAAGUAACUUCCUCCUUCAGAACAACCCUUAAUGAAAGGGCGGAGUUGGUGUGCAAAGGCCUUUACGGUUCCAAACCAGGCUUCCAUGAGUUUGUCUGGGGAAGUAGAAGUGUGAGUGUGAUGAGCUGAAUUUCCCCAAAACCCUCUGAGCCCUGAAGUAGCCAUCGAAGUGUCAGUUGGUCACACGCUGAGUGGACGGACUUACAGACAGAUGUGGUGCUGACCAACAGAAACGUGUGUAGUUGGUUAAUUUUAGACCACAUCACGACUUGAUUAUUUUCUUAUUUUGUAAUUCUCAGUAAUGACGACAUCAUGACUUCAGUAUUGACUUCAUUUACUUUCAAUCAUUUUGAAGUGCAGAGCUGGAGUUGGGGACUUAGGAACUAUUUCUUGACAAACAGUGUAUCCUUCCACCACGGCUCCAGCUGUGUAUUUAAUGCACAUGAGAGUGAUGUUGAUCUCUAAUGUCCAAAAAAGUAAAUGCACGUUUUCUUUAAAGUUUGAAGUCUUUAACUGUCUCCGGUAUUGUUUAGGGACAUGAGACGUCUCUCCAUAUUUAACCUGGUAGUUCGUGAUGAUGAUCCUCAGUCCUCUUGAUCUGACUGCCUGACAAAUGAAGCUUUUUAAUGUUUUCCUCCAGUUUGACUGAGACCUGUAGAUAAUAUUUAAUAAUUUAACUCGAGUGUUAUUCCUUCUCUUUGAUUCCUCCUCUUCCUCUUCCUCUUCCUCUUGACAAAUCUGAAGACUGAACCACCUCCUCCUGUUUUUAAAGCACCAGAAGCCGUUUUAGUAAAACACUAAGAAUCGUGUCACACACUACGAACACUCCGCUUUUCCGUUUUUAAAGCCAAAAUCCGAGAAUCGGACGAAUGAAAGGUUCAUUCCAAACGUUGACCGCCGUUCGGGGGUCGGACGCCAUCAAGUUGUCGUUUUGCAGUCAUAUUUUCUUUCUUUUAAUCAUCAUUCCAUCCACAAAAUCACCACUGUGUGCUUUUUGUUUUUGUACAGUUUAGUUUUUUACAGCCUCAUCCACACAUAGGGCAUGUGUAUGAAAUAUAUACAUAUAUAAAUAUAAAUUUUCUAGACCUUUUUGUAGCUGGAAGAACAACGGUUUGGGUGGUAGACCAGAUUCAGCUCACUGGAUGUAAAGGAAUGCUUUCGUGAUUUGUGGAUAUGUCUAAUAAAUUCCUUUUUUAUAUAUAUAUUUGUAAAUUUAAUCUGACAUGAGCACUGCGAUUCCACCCCCUGCUGGCAAAGAAUGUUUAUAAUCUGGAUCUUCUUUUCCCCUUUUUUGUCUUUUGUUGCAUUUUAAAGUUAUUUUCGUUAAUUUAUUUUUCAGUACAAUAUUAAACCAAACUCCUACAACACA